AUGGCAGCCCCACCAAAGGUUACUUACUCCGACAUGUUCCUCGAUAUGAUCCAGGGCAGCUCCAUCACAGUCAUUGUCGGUCAAUACCCAUCAUCUCGGACCUACACCCUUCCUGUCGCUCUACUCUGCGUUCACUCUAUCUACUUUCGCGAUCAAAUCGCUCGUAUCAACGCCACGGUGUUGAAGGAUCAUACAGCUAGCAAGAAGCGCAAACGCGCCAACUCCAACGGCGAAAAGAACGAGGAAGAGAAUGAGGUGGUGAUCAAAGAGGAGGAUGGAGAGUCUGCCAAAGAAGAAGACAAGACAGAGGAGACGAAUAACGAAGAAAAAACCAUCAGGUUGCCAGACGUCGAUCCCGCCAUCUUCGGCCUCUUCCUCAAGUUCAUCUACAAGGACACAUACCCAUCCAACGUCGACGCGAGGACUCUCCCGAACCACGCCCAUCCCUAUCCGAGGACAGCCACCGCAAACAGGGCAGCUUCCGUUCCAGCGACGACCGUAGUACUUCAGCAGCCACCCACCCAGGCGCCGUCUCACUUGCAGCUCAACGGCCCACCCGCCCAUAUCCGAAACUGGACUCCAACAAACAUGCCACCCCCUCCUAUCCCACACAACACAACCUCUCCGCAACCCAUCCCCCCUUCAAUCCACGCCUGGCUCCUCGCUCAACGCCUCGGCGCCUUGUCCUUCAUGAACCACACCAUCCAACACAUCUAUUCGGGAAUCGGUCGUCACUUCGCCCUAACCCCCUCCCUCAUCGACCACGUAUGGCGAGAAACCACACCCUCAUCCUCUCCCAUAUCAACGAUUCUAACACCGUCUCCCCUCCGCAACCUCCUCCUCCACACCCUAACAUCGUACUGGUCGCAGCCGGGCCCACAGCAGAACCCCAACGCCAUCAUCUUGCGCUCGUUGUCUGUGUCUCACGGACAAGGCCAUUUCUCGACGGGUUUGAAAGACGCGUGGGACGGGCUGUUUAAUGAGCACGAGGAUUUGAGGAAUGAGUUUAUACAUGGGCUGCAGGCGGGUCCAGGGCAAUUGGGGGUUGUGGGGGUGUAUUUCGCUACUUCGGGGACUGUGGUCGUGGGGACUGGAGGCGGGGGUGGGGAUAGGAGCGAGGCUGUGAAGGGAAAGGAGAAGGAGAAAGGUGAGGGUGUUGCAUGGGUGGAUACGGGCAAGGGGUUUAUCAUCAAGGAGGAGGAAAGUGGUGAGACGAAGGUUAUGAAUGAGACUAAGGCGACCCGUGUCUAG